GACUAUAGAUCCCGUUGGUUCUCGCCUGGGCUAUGUCAAUACACAAGAGCCAGGGACAGACAAUCCAACGGGUGAAGGUCGACCUCGAGAAGGUCUUUGAGAAAGGUGCGCUGUCGGGUCCUCCUUCACCCGCGCUCGCUAAUAUCACCUCUUGCAGGCCAAAGUUAUGUCGCUCUCUCCCGCGCAGCGUCCAUGGAAGGCCUGCAGGUCCUACGCUUUGACGCGAAGAAGGUUAUGGCACAUCCGAAGGUCAUCGAGUGGGCGAAGACGCUUGGGCAGGCAGGCUCGUCGUGAGGGUGGACAGCUGGGGUGACUCUGUAGAUAGCAUACGAACAUUAAGUUUAUCGAUUAAGCUAUCAUGACAUGCACAACUGUCGUAUUCUACAUAGACUUCAUGAACCACUGGAGAUUAUUACCUUCUAAUAGAUCACACGGGUACGC